AUGAAUUUUUAAAGAGAAAAUUCAUCGAUUUGCUCAGAAAAUUGGAUUCAAGAUUCUUAAGAACAUAAGGUUUAUUAGUUGGAUAACGAAGAAAAUAAGUUAGUGAAAAUAAUAAUCCAAGUCACACUUACUAAAGAUCAAAAAAUUGUAUAUUAAAAAAAUGGUACAAUAUUGAGAAUGUAUGAAUUAUUAUUGAGAAGUUAUUAAGCGAAUAAGUUUAUGAUACUUCUAGAGAUCCAGAAAUAUUAAAUUAUAUGGAACAGAUCUAACAUCUUUCUUGGUAAGGUUAAUACGCAUUGAACAAUAAAAAAAAUGGGAAAUGGAUGGUUUCUUGGGAUGAAAAUUUAAUUAAAGAUGCUAGUGGAUACUAUUAUGAUGGGAAAAAACAAGGUUUGUGGAUAGAUCUAAUCCAAAAUUACUGGAUGUAAAUAUAUCAUUUUUAAUAUAGUUAAGCACAAGUUUUUGAAACUGGAGAAUAUUUAAAUGACUUAAAAAUUGGUAAUUGGAAUUAUAUUUGCAAUAAAAACAAGAUGUAACUCUAUUAUUCAUUACUAAGUGGUGGUGGGCUUUACAAUAAGGAUAAUUCAAAGCAAGGCAAAUGGAUUGAAUUAGAUGAAGGAUUUUGUAUGGCUAAAAAAGUGAUUUAUCGUGGUGAAUAUAAUAUGAGAGGUAUGAAGGUAGGUAUAUGGGAUAUUUAUUAUUUUAAGGAUGGAGAAAAUUAAUAUAAAUAAAUGUAAGUAUUCAAUAAAAUUAGGGGAUGAUAUGAUAGUGGUGGAGGAUCAUAUGGUUAGGAAGGUUAGAUCAAGAUUGGAAAAUGGGUUGAAUUGGAUGAAGGAUUUUAUCGACGUAAAUAAGUCACUUGUAGUGGUGAAUAUAAUAUAAAAGGAAUGAAGAUAGGUAGAUGGGAUAUUUGUUAUUGUAAGGAUGGAGAAAAGUAAUAUAAAUAAAUGUAAGUAUUCAAUAAGAUUAGGGGAUGAUAUGAUAGAGGUGGGGGAUUAUAUGAUUAGGAAGGUUAGAUCAAGAUUGGAAAGUGGGUAGAGUUGGAUGAAGGAUUUUAUAGGGAUAAACAAAUCACUUAUCAUGGGGAAUAUGAAUUAAAAGGUAUGAAGAUAGGUAGAUGGAAUAUAGUAAACAAAGGAUAAAAAAUGUAAAAUUAUAGGGAAUGAUAAUUUUUUAGUGGCGGUGGCAUAUAUAGUGUUGGAAAUAGUUAGAUUAAGAUUGGAAAAUGGACAGAGUUGGAUGAAAAAUUUAAUAGGGAUAAAUAGGUUAUAUAUAGUGGAGAAUAUAACAUGAAGGGUAUGAAAAUAGGUAGAUGGGACAUUCAUUAUUGUGACAGAUGGGGAGAUGGAGAAUAUAUAUAAAUGUAAAUAUUCUAUAAGGAUAGGCGAUAAUAACAAAUUAGUGGUGGAGGAUCAUAUGAUGAGGGAGAAAAUUAGAUUAAGAUUGGCAGAUGGGUAUAGUUGGAUGAAGGGUUUAAUACUAAUAAAAAAGUCACUUAUAGCGGUGAAUAUAAUAUGAAAGGUAUGAAGGUGGGUAGAUGGGAUAUUAUUCAUAAUAAAAGUGCAGACGACGAAUUUGAGUACAUGUAUAUAUUCUAUAAAUAUAGGGGAUAAUGAUAUAUUAGUGGUGGUGGAUCAUAUGAUGAGGUAGAAGGUUAGUUAAAGAUUGGCAGUUGGGUGGAUUUAUGGGAAGGAUUUUAGUUUUAUGCUUAAGUCACUUAUAGUGGUGAAUAUAAUAAGAAAGGUCAAAAGAUAGGUGUAUGGUAGAUUCUUUAUGAUAAAAGUGGGGAUGGAGAAUAUGAAUAAAUGUAAAUAUUAUAUAAGUAUAGGUGAUACUAAUUUGUUAGUGGUGGUGGAUCAUAUGAUGAGGAAUUAGGUUAGAUUAAGAUUGGUAGAUGGGUAGAGUUGGAUGAAAGUUUUUUUGAGGAGAAUUAGAUCACUUAUAAUGGUGAUUACAAUAUGAAAGGUAAAAAGAUUGGGACAUGGGUGGAGAUGGAUAUUUUAGAAAAUAAGUUAAUUGGUGAAAAAAUUUAUAACAAUUGAA